CCAAUUGGUGUGCCCAGCGCUAGAGCUUCCUCCCAGACAACGGGAAGACCAGGUACGGGGGUACCUUGUUUUUCGUCCCAACGUCCUGGGCUUGCCUCACUCUUUUUAAUUUCGUCCGUGUGUCACCCAGACUCCCCUGGUCUUUUCCCUCGUCUCUUGACUCUCUCUCUCCUUCUCCCCAGAAAACCCACCGCUGCUAUAUUCCCUCACCCACGGACUUCGUUGGCAAAGUCUGCUUACCCCGUGUUUGCGAUACCAGUGUUUGAGAUAGAACCAGGCUCGCCCACACCCAGACAGCCCACCUCGGCACUCGACAACACACUCACUUGCCUUCUCUGUUGCAUAAAACCACUUCGCCAACCUUGUUGCGCCCCUCUUCCCAAUCCAGAACUCGAUCCAUUCGUUUUCCGGAAAACCGAAUCGUCCAUCGCAAGCCGAGACCGCACAGCUUCAGCCCCGAGACAACGAGGCACGCAUAUCUUCAUCAAAAGCACGCCAAAUCAACAACCACCCUCCUUUCCUGGCCCACACCGCCCAGCAGCGCAGGACGAACGCUAAAGGCCAUCUUCACCCGGCUCUUGCCCGCCCAACGCGACGACGCCACCCUCUCUUCACCGUGGAUUCAUUCGCGAAUCAGUGCGACUCAAACCCGUCACCAUGCAGUUGACCAGCAUCUUGUCGGCAGCUCUCCUGCCGCUCAUCGCCUUGGCCCAGGACACCACUUCGGGCACGACAACCCUCACCCAAACUUCGACAAUGACAAAGACCGUCACCCUGGCCAGCAACACCGUGACCAUGACCGCUACGGACAGUUCAAGCACCGAGACUCCAACCAGUGCCACUCGUUCGUCCAGCAGGGCGACGGCGACGUCCUCCACAUCCUCAGAGACCCCAGGCGUCAACGGGCUUGGCAACGGUGCCGCUUCACUCGGUUCCUCUCAUGUGGCUAUUGCUGGCGUGGCGGGCAUGCUUGUCGUUGCGUUGAUGUAAGGACAAGCACAGCACCCGAACAGCUUGAUGCGCUUCCCUGCUCCUUUUGGCACAUGUCUCUACGAGACACAUUUUCAACUUGAUUUCUCAACCCCCACUGUCAACUCGAACUCUUCGAUGCGAACAUCACCUCUCGCCAUUCCCUUUGUCGGUACCAAGCAGCAGCAGUUCAGAAACACCCACUGAGCGAAUCGAAUCAACGACUGGUGGUAAACGACCACGACGUUGCGCAGACGCUGAGCGCCUGGCUGCAUCGGAUUCCGGCAUUCAAACCAAAUAUCCCAUGGCAUCGCCGACACUACGAAAAAAGCAUUUUGCAUCACCGGAGUUGAGAGUUUGGCGGCUUGGCGAUUAGGCGGUGGCAUCUUCCCAAAAAGCUUCUCACGGACUCGACUACUUCUCUUCACCCUCCCAGCGAGGCUCCGAAAUGUACACGCCCUCGGCUCACCACUCAUUUGUUGGCCUGUACCACGAGCGCAUCGAUUGCGUCUCGAAAGAAAUCGGCCAGGAUGUGCCCUCCCUGGGUCCUUCCGGGAUCAUCAAACCCCAGGGCACACCUUCAUGAGAUGGCGAAUGAUCUCGCUGCUUGCUGGCCCGACAACUCUCGGGUCCCUAGCAGCCUCGCAACUUAUUCACCCAUAUAACAACUCAGCUUGGUGGACUUGCUGUCUUUGAUGAUGUUUCAAAUGAGCCACGAUGUAUUGGGCUUUUACACCGCUGUCCUCAGAUGACAGCGGUGACGGCUUUUUGCGAACCAAUUUUGUCUUUAUCUUCCUUUCUUAUAACAAAACCAACUUGAGAUUUACAAACUGAAAUUUCCGCGCCUUUACUAGAGGGCAUGAGGCGGACUUGAUUGUUGAUACCCACCCGCUCUUCUGUUUCACUUGUGGGGAAAUGGUCUGGGGGACAGCGGACGCCAGCGGCUGAGACCCCUCCUGGGAGGUCUCGCCGCGGGCCGUCUUGCGAGACCUGGUUGAGGGACAUCUAAUGACUUCAUUGGAACACCACGUUUAUAUCUUGAUGACUUGAAUACACCACACUUUACCGAUG